CUUUAUGUGUCAGUGCCAUAACAGAGUUUCAUUCAGUAGCAGAUACAUAGGCGCGUAACUGUUGUAGUCAUUCGGUCGCCCAAUUCUUGUGGCGAGGUGAAAUCUUUGUUUUUGAUAUCAUGGUCGAAAAGCUGGACCAUUUGAUCAUCAAAAGCGAACCGUUCUACGCCGUCGAGGACGCCGAGCUGCUGAACGGAAUCACCGGCCAGGAUGGUGACCUGAGGGGACUGUGCUUGAACCGGCUGGGGUUGUCCGAGGACACGGUGGCACUGCUGGAAGCUCAACAGAUCGACGUUGAAUGUCUGAAGAAGAUGCGCUUCGAGGACGUGGACGUGCUGUUCGAGAAUCGCCCACUGGGGCCAAAGGUUCACUUCCGGGAAGCGUUGAUGCUGUGGCGAAUCGAACUUGGCUUGCCCAUGAGAAGUCUCCGAGUGAUGGCGUUCAGGAAGCGUUCCGGUGAGCACGAUGGCAACGGGUGCAAUGGAACCGGUCCCAAGUGUUCCCGGGGUCAGUUCCACGGUCCGAUAGACCAGCUGGGAGUUGUGACACCGGCCACGACGCCCGAGCUGGUCGUCAAACCAAACAAAGUGCCACCAAACAUCGACUACAAGCAGUUCAGCUGGCCAAUGACUACCGAAGUUCUGCGGGACAUUCUAGCCAGCUGUAGCGUAGGUCGCAUGAUUCUACAUUCCGCCGAGUUGGCCACCCUGGAAAAGUCCUUCCAGAGUCAGCUGACGGCCAUCAUGAUAGAUUACCACAUGGCUCACGACACAAAAAUCACCGCGAUGCAGCUGGAGAACUAUUCGCGGUGCAUCACGAUGCUGUUUCCACACGAGAACAAGACAACCUACCACAUUCCGCGCGGACCGACGCGCCGCAACCCGGGUGGAUCGCUGUACUCGCGGUUCAUCAACCAGAAGAUUAGCAAGAAGGCACUCGCCAUCGGCAGUGGCAUGGCAUCGUCGCCCUUUCUAACGUAGGAACGGUGUCCAACCUCCUCGCAAAGGGUGUAAUGUAAUAUAGUCGUCGUAAUAGUCAGUCAGCCGUCGUCGUCGUCGUCGUAAUCGCUGUCGCCGUUGUUCACGAAAGCAUAUUUUGUUACUUACUGUGUAAGGUUAGUCAGGGGCGUGCAUUACGUUUACUGGCAAGAGAGGCUCGAGUUUUUUGUGCAAUGUGUGUUUGUGUGCUCAGUUUUUAAAACCAUUUGUAUUAGGUAGAGAAAUAGAUAUAUCAGGUUUUAUGUUUCAACCCGGCGCAGCGCAGCAGUGUGAGUUUUAUUAAAGAAAAUAUAUUGUUUUAACGUGCAUUUGAAA